GCAGGUCCGGAGCUCCGCCCCUUCCGCUUCUCAGGCCUGACCUUCCGGCAGCCGGCUCGCACGCUGAGCCGACCUUGACGGGUCCUCGCGAUUCGGCCCGACGCGCCCCCUCUCGCGACAUCAUGGUGGCGUACUGGCGACAAGCUGGACUCAGCUACAUCCGAUACUCCCAGAUCUGUGCAAAAGCAGUGAGGGAUGCACUGAAGACGGAAUUCAAAGCAAACACCGAGAAGACUUCUGGCAGCAGCGUAAAAAUUGUGAAAGUGAAAAAGGAAUAAUCUACCCUGACUACAGCUUGAAAUGCUGCAUGUUCAUGGUGAAGAUGUGUGGGCACGUGUUAUGGCAGAUUGAAAACGCUCCCCCUUCAUGGAAAAAAAAAAAAAACCUAUCUUGUUCAUAGAUGGACAAUGCCAAUAAAUUAAAGUACAGUUCA